AGAAUGCGUAACCACUAAACGAGUAGCUCCUGAUACCUAUGGCGGAGAGCAAUGACUGAGGAGUUUGAUGAAGAGGUGGUAUUCGAGAACUCUCCGCUGUUCCAGUACUUGCAGGAUCUGGGGCACUCGGACUUCCAGGCAUGUGCGGCGGUGUCGCGGGAAGAGGAGGAGGGGCGCGCGGACAGAGGGGAGGGGCCCCUCCCACAGGACACGCCCACCCCGCUCAGAGGAGGCCUGUUCCGGAGGCUAGCUGAUGCCGCGUUGGGCCAACUCCACAAAGGCGCCAUGUCCGACCGCAUGGAGCAGCGGCUCGACGCGGAAUUUCGGCAGUACUCCCUGAGCGCCCUCCUCAAACAGGACGUGCUCCUCCAGGAGGAUGUGGAGCUGAUCGAGCUGCUGGACCCCAGCAUCCUCUCGGCGGAGUCGCCUUCCUCUUCCAGCGCUGCCCUGCCCACGGCCAGGUCCCUCGGCGUCCCCUCCGCCUGGGAUCUCUCUGUACUGGCGGCCUUCGUGGCGGUGCUGGCGGGCGUGGCCACGGCGGGGGAGGGGCCGGGACCGGCGGCGCUGGUGCCAUGGGUCCUGGCGUUGCUGGGCUUCGUGCUGGCGCGGGGGGCGGGGCUGUGGAGGGCGGCGCGGCUGCGGGGGGCCAUGCGGGCCCGCGGGGCGCUCCUGGAGGGUCUGGCGCAGGACAGCAGAGCGCUGACGGGCCUGGCACGCCGGGCGCUGAGGCUUAUCCAGGAGACCGAGGUCAUCUCCAGAGGGUUCACGCUGGUCAGUGCGGCCUGUCCUCUUAACAAAGCGGGCAAACAGCGCGGCCAGCAACUCCUGGGCCUGCGGAAGGCCUCGUACCGGGCCCUGCGCGCCGCCUUCAGGGCCUCCCGCCUGGCCACCUGCCACAUGCUCAAGUCGUACCCCCUGAAUUCGGAAAUCGACAACGUGACAAACUACGUGUCGACGGUGCCGCUGAAGGACCUGGGUCUGGGCCUGGGGGAGGAGCAUCUGACUGACGAGCAGACGCAGGAUCUCACGGACGACUACAGCCUCCCCGCGCUCAAGGUGCUCUUCCAGCUGUGGGCGGGGCAGAGCUCGGAGUUCUUCCGCCGGCUGGCCCUGCUGCUGUCCCCACGCCAGGGGGUUGGACGGGGGGACGGGGGCGGCGGGGCCGCGCGGGGGACGGGACGGGACACCCGGCUGGCGCACGAGGCGGUCGCCGAGGUGACGGCGCCCCUCCAGCGGGCGCUGUCCGGCUGCCUGUGCGAGCUGCAGCGCAGCUACGACUUCCACCGCUACUUCGAGAUGCAGCACCAGCCACAGGGCUCCGACCGCGUCGGACGCGCCCGGCAGAAGUGCUGCGAGCUCAACGCCCUGCACACCUCCGUGCGCAGCCUGCAGCUCCACCUCAAGGCCCUGCUCAACGAGGUCAUCAUCCUGGAGGACGAGCUGGAGAAGCUGAUGGUCUCCCAGAAGACGGCGGAGAUGACGUGCGCGGAGUACCGGGAGCUGCAGGGCCGGCUCCGCCUCCUGCAGCCGCACAUGCAGGCCAGCGCCGGCUGCUGGGACGAGACCGUGGCGCAGGUGGAGCGCAUGCUGCAGCGUGCCGCCAACUGCCCAGGGACGCCAGAAACGCCAGACGCCCCCCCACUGCCGUCCCCCCAACCCCACCCGGUCGCCCGAAUCCAGGACAGAGACCCCGUCCCAGAGGAACAGGAGCUGGAGGCUUACGUGUCGGACUCGGACUCGGACUCGGGCUGGCCGGGGCCGCUGCUGGACCUGCUGUCCCCGGAGGAGAGGGAGCGGCAGCAGCGGGAGAGGGACGAGUCCCGCGGCGUCCUGCUGGAGCUCAAGUCCGUGCUGGGGCUGCGCACCUCCGAGGCCGAGCGGCAGAAGAGGAAACAGCUGCUCUUCAGCGAGCGAGCUGCCCUGAAGCCCCCAGAACCUCACAGAACCCCCGACCCGCCGGAACCGCAGGGCGAGCAGAGCAACCAUGUGGCGGGCCAGCCCGAUGGGGAGAGGGCGGGGCUCUGCUGCGGACAAUCAGGAGGAGGGAGGGACACCUCCCCCACCCCCGCCGCCGACGGGGCCGGAGAGACUGUGCGCUACCAGCGUGACGGUACAGCGGGGGAGGGGGAGGGAGAGAACGGGACACGGUGUCCCCCAGUGGGUGGAGUCCCCGCCCCCUCUGUGACGGACGGACUGACGGGACUCCACGGCUCGGACGGCCUCACCUUUGGCUCCACCCUCGCGGCCCAGGCGGCCACCCGGUCACACUCCUUCCCCAGGGUGGGGGAGCACACCUUCGUGGAUGGAGAGGAAGUGGAGAGGCGGGGCAAGGAAGAGAAAGAGGAAGUGACAUCAUAG